AUGGAAUGCAACCACCGACGGCACCGCAUAAACAGCCGCAGCCGCGAUAUCAAGCUCAAGCUCAACAGCAACGACAUGGUCCUGACCACAGAUCCAAGGUCUACUACCAACAACAUCCGCUUGCCGUUUCCUCGAAGCCACCAUCGUAGUGAGGCAGCUUCGAAUAUUGGUGGGAACAGUUUGAUUGUCGAAAGCCACGAAAUCGAUUCAUUCGUUCAACUUAUCUCGUCGAACCCUCAAUCCCCUUUACAAGCACGCAGGUAUCUCUUUGGGGGCAGCGUCACACAACAUGGAAAUUUGAUUAAAGUCGGACGCUAG